CCACUCCCAUCGAGUGGCGCGUGGCGGGGAGGACAGAUAAGAUCGAUGUCGUGAACGGCGGCGACAAGGAGGCCGGGAGAAAUGCCGCCGACCACACCUGCGCCGGCGCGGCCCUGUCCUCCGCCAGCUCCAGCAGCGGCGCCAAUCCGUCCGCAGCUCCUCUCCUCCGUUGCGCCGUUAGCGCUCGCCGCCGCGCUCGUCUGCGGCGCGGGCCCCGCCGCCGACGCCCCGGCCGCCAGGGCCGUCCCGUUCGUCCGUCCUCCUCCCCUGCAGGGAAAGCCCUUCGCCUCCUCCACGCCGUACGCACAGUCGCAGAAGCUGCAGCUUGGCCUCGACAAGCUCGGGAAGAUCAGGCCGUGCCCGUCCACCAACCCGGGGUGCGUGUCCACGAACGCGCUGGGAUCUUCCGGCUCCUUCGCCUCCCCGCUGGUCAUCCCGGAAUCAUCCGCCGGGGACAAGGCCGUUGCCUCGUUGCGGCAAGCCAUAGAGAAGACACAGAGCAAUGUGGACUUCAAGGUCGACCAAGACACCCCUUACGGUCACUACAUUGAGGCGGAGAUGGACGGCGGCGUGGGCCGGGACGUGAUGGAGUUUCUGGUGAAGAAAGACGCCGGCGUGGUGGCGUACCGGUGCAUGGCCACCAAGGUCACCUUCGUCUACCCCUUCACCACCGCCGUCGGCGACUCCAAGGGGCAGAAGCAGAGGAUCGCCGCCAUCUCGCAGGAGCUCGGUUGGUACGCCCCGGACAUCCAGUCCUCCAUGGACUUCGACGACGCCGGUUAUCCUCCGUGAAGACUGAAGAGUUGAAUACCGGAUGUCGGAGGACCAACCAUCGUCAUCGAUUCAUCCAUCGGGUGGAGCAGAGGUAAAUGUAUGUUGGUGUAUAUAAAAGUAGCUAGGAUUCGGGUCGUACUGCCACUGUUGUUCAUAUUGUCAGUGCACGUCCGGCUGUGCCGUCCAACUAUGUUCCUGUUAUCAUGUAAUUUGUUUAUACUUGAUUCUUGUUUAACCAAUGUUGUAUGUAGGGAAUCGUUAGUAACUUUCUAGUGUGAUACUGAUGCC